AUGUCCCAACACUCACUUCCGCUCUCCGCCACAGACGUAGAGUCUGACCCGAAGUUUCUACCUACUCCAGUGGACAUGUCGUAUGACGACAGGACCUACCCAUACCAGUUUGCGGGACACCAGUUCUGCCACAGUCCCGACCGGGCAGCCCCCGGCGGGUCACCCGUCAAUUGUAGCCCUUCGCAUAACGUCGCACAUCCCGACUUCUAUCAGGAAGGCAGGUUGAUUUUCUUCGAUCAGGCUCACUGUGGCCGCGUCGAUCCAUGUGGUGCCGAUUCAUUCAAGUGGACGAAACAUGGCUAUGAGAACUUCUUGCCCGGGCACAACGGCAUCUGGCCACACUGGCAGGAAUACCAGGAGGGCAGCCUGUUGCUGCAGCGACUCUCCUCCCACGAGGAACUCCAGCUUUCGUGCAUAUCUACUAGCGAGACACCUCAGGGCCAGCAAACGGUGGAUGGGCGUUCUUCUGCUACUGUCUCUGGUUCCGUACGAGCGUUUCGAGACCACGUGCUCAAUUCGAGCUACAGCGAGGCGUCUCGCACCCCGUGCUAUCCGUCGACAUCCACAGUCUCCGACUCGCAGAUAUUAUCCGAUUCUCCCGCUGAAGCAAGCACGUUCUUCUGCGUUCCUGUCAAUGCUCAGCUUCCUGGAGAAGCGUACGCUCAGUACUACUCGGGUUCUGGUCUCUCACUCUCGUUACAACAUACCAGCUUCUCUCCGUGUCCUGACGUACCCGCCGGCUUCUCGGGCUCUUCUGACUACUCGAACUCGCAAGAUCGGAGUCAUGUCCCUGCUUAUUCGCAACCAGGAUUUCUUAUGGGACGUACGCGGUGUGACGACAACCUAGGUCACUGCGCAAACAAGGAUUCUACUGACCGCUGGGCAGCCAGUAGCUAUGACCACCGCUACCCAUAUCCCCAGUCGCUUGCGAACUAUCCUACUCUCGUAUCUGUUCAGUCCCAAUCUGAGCCAAUCCCGCAGCCAUCCGAGCAGCGACGCUAUACCGUCGCACUGCACAACUCUCCGCCUUGUGCCUACUCCUAUCCUCGCUUCACCGAGACAGAAUCUCCACUCUCUUCGCACGUUCACGCACCUCAGCCGCAUCCGUGGCCCAUGCUCCCACCUCCAGCGGUGGCGGAGGAUCCUUCGCUCGCUAUUCAUGGUUCCAUGCACUCCGGCGUCUCCUCUGCUCCGACAGUAACGCACUCUCUACCCCUCGUAGAGUACAACCCGAAGAAGCCGCUCACUUUGGCGUGUUUUUUCUGUCGCAGGCGCAAGAUCGCUUGUGUAAGUCCACUCCCCCAGAAGAAGGAUCGGACAUGCAAUCAGUGCGCUCAUCGCAGCCUCAAGUGUGUCUAUCCCGACGUGUCGCGUAGGGGCAUGCGGCAGAAAUUGCUCUACAACAAAGACCCCAUCCCCGUAGUACCACCGCUCCUGCAUGUAGUCUGA